GCGCGCGCACACACACACUUUCUUCAAUCAAAACAGAAGACAAUUUGCACCAUGCCCACAAGGUUAAUUGCUAAUAGUAAUGGAGCCAUUACUAAUUAGACUUAUUAAAAUUAAUAUUUUAGUUAACUGUGCGCUGUGAUUUUUUUUUUUAAGCCAUCAUAUUUACAGAUCAAUAAUAUACACCAUCUCCCCCACCACCCGUCAUCUCCUGUUCCAGUUUGUGCAGCCAUUGCUUGCAGAACAGUGUUUGAGUUGUAAUACUUAGGAAGCCUGCAGUAGUUUUGCCAACAUGCUGGAACACAGACCUGCCAAGAUUGCUGUGAUCGUUGUCACUCUAAUAAUAUUCAUUGUGACAGCUGUCCUAAAUGCUUAUGCCAGCCAACCUGAUAGCAGUUCGGGUAUCUACACGUCCACCAUGUCAAAUGUAUCUAAUGAGUUUAUGACUGGAGUCACUCCAGCUCGAUGGACCUUUGGUAUCUGGGGAGUAAUCUACUUCUGGAUGGCUGCCUGGAUCAUCUACUGCCAUGCUGCUAUCUUCAUUAAAUGGGACGGUGAUUACUUGUAUAAAAACGAUGUAUUUGCACCUGGCAUCUUUUUUGUCCUUUAUAGCAUCAACCUGAUUCUCAACUUCACUUGGCUCAUUCUCUUCGACAGAAAGCUCAUUGUUGCUUCUUUCUUUGUUCUCCUUGCAUUGGCAAUCACUGCCGUUGCAUGCUUAUGCAUAGCCAUGUACGCGUUUAAGAAGGGAAUGCAAAACAUUGCCCAAUCUGAAUUCAAGCUCCACUUCUGGCUCAUCCAGAUCCUAAUGUUCAACGGCAUUGCCUGUUACGCUACAUGGCUGACCAUAGCCACUAACCUAAACCUCAACAUUGCUCUGACAUAUGCAUGGAAUUUUAAUGGAGACACAGUGAUUCUUAUCGUCCUGCUUUUUAUUGGUGCAACAAUUAUUUCAGCAGACAUGAUUAUCUUUGAGAAACAUACUCUUUACAUUAUCACACCUUAUUUGGUUCUGGUGGUUGCCCUCUAUGGCGUUGUUGAUGAACAUGUUGAUAUAGAGGACUUGUCUCGUAUUGGUAUAUUCAUGAUAGUUGUACUGGCCCUCUUCUGUGGUGGUCUUCUCUAUAAAAUUGUUGCAACUAUUUGGAGACACUUCCGAUGUCAACGGCCUGCAGCACUAAUCUAGAACAGCUUCCUCCAAGUCUUUGUCUCUCACCCAUUUCUUUGCUUGCACUAUUUUUCAAUCCUAUAAAAACUCCUGAUAACCAAGAUGGUAUUUUAUUUGGGCUUUCUCCUCCAUUCUUAGCUUCUUCUGUCUUGCUCAGUUGUUUCAUUUUCCAUCAGUAAAGCUUUGUCAUUUUAAUCUCAUCAAAAAUAUACAAAAAAAAAAUUAAUUUUUCUAAUUAGUAAUUACUUUAUUUAGUGGCAUAUAAGACACUUACUUCCCCUCAAAAUUGUCUCAGAAUAUCCUCCAGGGUCCUAUAUGUAAUGUUGGGCCUACAUGCUUUAAUACACUAAAUGUUUUUUCUCUCACUAUGUGCUGUCGAAAUUGGGGAUGCAUUUAAGAUGGCCAAGUGUCUUUUAUGCCAACAAAUACGGUACCUUAUUAUUCCAUUUAUUUCGGAGUUUUGGGAGUAUUUUUCGGUUUUUCUGCUUCAAAGACAAGUUGCUUCAUUUCUUCCAUUAUGGAAUAUUAAGUGCAAAUUGUUAAAAUUUAUAGAUUUGCACUUUGUAUUUUCUGAAACCUUGCAACUUUCACGUCUUUCUUCGUUUGUCGCUUCAAUCAAUUUCACAAUCUUGUUAAUUAAUUGUCCUUCACCUUGACAUAAUAAUGGCUUUGCUCUCGUUAACUCUUGUCUCAAUUCUGACACAAAUUACACACACUAAAUUACUGAAAUGUCUUUAACUCAAGUUAAAAGUGUGUGUGUCUGUGUGUGUGAAGGCAUGUGGCCUAGUAGUUAGGGAGUUGCACUCACGAUAGCUAGAUUGUGGUUUCAAUUCCUGGACUAGGUGGUACAUUGUGUUUUUGAAUGAGCAAUUCAUCUCAUAUUUCUCUGGUUCACUCAGGCGUAAAUGAGUUACCCUGCAAAGGGCCAGCCUCCCAAUCAGGCGGAAUGUUGGCCUCUUCACCUAGCUUGUGGGGUAGCAGCAUCUGAAAGCUAAAACAAUGCAAAGUGCACUGUGACCAGCGAUGUGGAACAACAUCUGAUAGUCUGGUUGAUCACCAUGAUAUAUGUAUAUAUAUAUAUAUAUAUAUACAUAUAUAUAUAUAAUGUUUGUUUUUAUGUCAAGAGAUAUAUAAAAACCAUUUAAGAUUAAACUGAAGAAUUGUUUAAUACUUUAUAGUUGAGUAAAUGUUUAUUAAAUUUUUACAAAGGAAAGGAUUCACCUCUAUCAGACUGUCUGACAAAGGUGAGGAAACCAAAACUUCAAAGUUACUGUUAACCUUUCCCUGGUAAAAGUUACACACACACACACACAUAAAUAUUGUGUCAUUGUCGACCAAUUGAUUUUAUGUUGUAUUGUUAUUGCAUAGUGCCAGAUGCACAAUUUGAAAAAUAAAAAACUGGAUGGUCACAGUUGGAACCGCUUUCAUUGUAGGUAUGUUUAAUCAGGGUUGACUUGGUGCUAUAUACAACUUUUUUAUCUCAUCCAUCAUCUCCCGUCUUUACAGCAUCUUUACAGCAUCUCCCUCAUCAUAACGUCCAUUUAAAGCCAGUGAAAGAGGCAACCACCAUUCUGCAAAUGGUUCUGGUUUUAUUUGAAAUUAUUUUAAUUCUUAACAUUGUUAUCAUUGGGCUUGUGGUGUUCAAAUCUUACCAUGGUUGAUUUUGUUUUUCAACUUUCCAGGGUCAAUAAAAUAAACACCUGUCUGUCAUGUACUGAUUUCAGUUUAGCCAACCAUGCCCUUCCCUUACAAAUUUGUAUCAUUGUAUUCCUACAAUUAUUAUCAGCAACUUUUAUUUUUUUAAAGUCAGUUUUUUCUCAUAACUUUUCCUUUCGCUCAAAGUCAUCUAUUUUCAUGUAUUGAUCUAUUGAUCUUUUCAAAAUUACUCAAGCUGAAGGGAGUUCCUUUUAAUCCUUUCCAAUAUGAUUCUCAAACAAUAAAGAUGGAACAUGUAACUAGAAAUCAGGAAAUUCUUUAACCCAUUCCUAAAAAAAGACACCGUCCAAUUUGUUUUUGAGCUAAUUUUGAAAGCAAUAAAGUAUUUGGAAGGAAUUGAUCAAACAAAAUUACGAUAUUCGCUGGUGUAUAAGACACACUCUCAUGUAAGAUGCAUUUCUGUUUUACAAAUAUAUUUUGUGGAGAAAAACAAAUGUUUCAUCGCACACUUAUUUGAAGACAUUUUAGGCUGGGGGGGGGGGCAAUGCAUGUUUCUGUGCAAGUAGAUACAAUACUGUGACAGUAUACAGCAAUAAAGUUUGAAACUAUAAAUAAACUGUUACAUAUAAGUAUUGUAUUUCAAAUUUAUCUUGCUUUAGUUCAAAACUGAUUGUGAUGUUUUGUGUUACAACAAUCUGCCACCAGGGUGCUGAACCACUGCUAUGAUUUUGGUGUCAUCCACUCAUUGCAAAAUCCUGACAGGCAUAUGAAAGGUUAACGAAACAUUCCUUUCAUCUUUCUUGGGGAAUUUUCACUUAAAUAAUAACAAAAAGAAACUUUCUUAAAUGUAAUGCAGUCCUUAAAUAAGACAUAUAUCAGGUGUGGGUUAUGUAUGAGUUGAUGUAACCAGUUGACAGGGGCAGUUUUUUAAUAAAUUUAGAAAUAAAAAGAAACAUGUCUUAUACACUGGCAAAUACCAUAACAUUUGUUUAUCAAGCUGGUUUUUGGAACAUAACGUAAUGGGGUAAAGUUCUGAUGUAAAACUGUUAGAAUAUAAAUAUUUAAAUUAAAGGGUCUCGAAUUACAGAACAAUUAAUUUAAACUCAUCAGAACUAGUAACAUUCUUUCAAAAACCUGAAGGUCGUGUCAGACAGGAUGGACUCCAUUUAUUUCGUUAUAGAAAUCUUGGCUAUUUUGUUCUGUUAUCCUCUCUUGUUUUUUUCAUAUCUUUUUAUAUUCUUUUAAAGUUGUAACUUUAAAUAUAUUUUUAUAUUUUCUUUGUAUUUUAUAAAUUCUCAUGUUGAUUGUUCUGUAACUACAUGUGUACGUGAACCUGCACUAGUUUACAUACCUACUAUCUACUUAUAUAUAUAUCUAUCUAUAUAUUACAUUACAUUUAUGUAUAUGUGUAUAUUAAUUUAUCACAUUUUCUUCUGUGUACCUGACUCCCUUCUCUCUCUCUCUCUCUCUCUCUCUCUCUCUCUAUUUUAUAUAUGGAUGUUUCUUAAUAUCCAUUACACAAUAAUGUAAGAUUAAGAUGUAUGCUUUAUUAAUUCAGUUUUAUUUCAUCACCAAAAUAUCCAUGUUGCCUUAAACCAAUCUAAAUGGACAUAUAAAAUUCAUAAGGUCUAUUUCUUCUUGUGGCUGCUAUCAAUACAAUUAUUUAUUUUUAAUUAUUAACCAUGACAUAACUGAAAUCUCUCACAUUUCCAGCACAUGCAUCCCUUUCUUGUACAUCACACCACCUUUACAUAUUUUGUACAACAUAUAAAAAUAACCUCCACUUUUUCUUUUUUCUUCCUUUAUUUGGCUUUUUGUGCCUUGGGUUUUGUCUUACUAAAUUCUUUGUAUCUGCUCCCCGCUUUUUUUUUCUACUUGGUAACACUAUGCCUUCUGCAAUCAGGCAUCAAAUACCACAACAUUAAAACUUCUCUAUUUUGUCAGAAGAAUAACUAAGACAAUUUGCAAUCUCAUCUCAAACAUGAGAGACUGGAAUAUAAAAGGCUUGAAAAGUAUUCGACUUUGCAUUUGUAAACUCUAUUUGUGCAUUUGUAUGUAUGCACAUACAUAUCUACAUGUGUAUGUAUACACACACACACACACACACACACACACACACAUUGGCUCAUUGGAUCCUGUUAAACUGUCCAACCCAUGCCAGCAUAGAAAAUGGGUAUUAAUUGAUGACACACACACACAACCACAGAACAGACUGCAUAUUUGAUUAUCUUUAUUCUUAGGGGUUUUUUUCUUGAAAAUAAUAUUGAAUAUGUUAUUAUUCUCAAAAGAAAGAAAAAUUUACUUUCUACGACAGCUUUUGAUAGAGACUUUGUGCUAAUACAAUAAAACGUCUCUGAUCUUUUAUUCCAGACAAACAACCAUCAACUUAGGUCUAUACAGUUUAACAUCUCUGUCAUCUCAAGCAUUGCUGUCAGGUAUAAAGGGAGGGAAAGACACCACAAGGCAUUUUGCUCAAUCUUCUAACAUGGAAGACAGAUAGAGUUGCCAUGUAAAUGACAUGAAAUAUUUGCAGCACAGUUGCAAAGUGUUGUAAAAACUAAAUUUAAAUUGAUUGUUUUUCUUUCUCAUAAACGUAGUCAAUUAUGUCUCCCAUGCUGUGAGAUGUCUGUGUGUGUAUGUGCACACACAUAUAUAUACAUACAUAUUUUUACAUACAUACCAUCUAAAAACAGGCGUUAAAGGAUGAUGAUGGUGUGUAUAUAUAUAUAUAUAUAUAUAUAUAUGUAUGUAUGUGUGUGUGUAUGUAUAAAUAUAUACACACACACACAUUAUCCAGUUUACCUUCUCCAUUUUCUUUUCCCAUUUCUUUCUCUUCUUGUCUAUCCUUCCUUCUUUUCAGAAGAAGAGUGAAUACUCGAAACAUAAAAGACAUGCUCUUCUUUUUUUGCCAGUUCUUUAUUGUCAACCUAAUACACUCUUUUUUUUUGCCCCCUUUUUUUUUUUAACUCUAUUGUAUUUUUUGCACCAUACACACACACACACACACACACACACACACACACACACACACACACACACACACAGACACGAGCUUUUUGUAAAACUACAAAUCUAUAUUUGUAUUUCUACUUUGGUUUGGCAAUAAAUAUUCUGAUGCACAGACGAUGA